GCCUUCUCCAGUGAACCAAGAAACCCCGCGCCCUGACGACCGGGGGUUGAUCCCCUCGUAUUUCGAGGAAAAUUGAGAUAAGAAGGUGAAAUUGCCGGGAUUGACAAGCUGCGACCGAUCCGGCUUGGCGGCGUAUCCUGCCCAACUAUGUGGGCAUGAUCUAGACCAUGCUCUCCUAAUCGGAUGGAGCACCGUCAGAAGUACGGAAAGAUUUUCAAGUCCCGCUUCGGCCCCCAGCUGGUGGUGUCCAUCGCUGACCGCGACUUGGUGGCCCAGGUGCUGCGGGCCGAGGGAGCCACCCCCCAGAGGGCAAACAUGGAGUACUGGAAGGAGAGCCGUGACAUAAGGGGAUGCUCCACCGCACUCAUCUCUGCGGAGGGUGAGAAAUGGCUGAAGAUGCGUAGUGUGUUGCGGCAGCUGAUCAUGCGGCCGCGAGACGUGGCCGUGUUCUCAGAGGAUGUGAACCUUGUGGUGGACGACCUGGUUAAGAGGGUCGGCUCCCUACGCAGCCGAUCAUCUGACGGGGAGUCUGUGGUCAACAUCAAUGACCUGUUCUUCCUGUACGCCAUGGAGGGAAUGGCCUCCAUCCUGUAUGAAACUCGUCUAGGCUGUCUGGAGGAGGAGGUGCCAAAAGAUACGCAGGACUAGUUCAGCUCCUUCAAGACCACCAUGUACGCCGGGGCCAUCCCAAAGUGGCUCCGGCCUGUCCUACCCGGGCCCUGGGAGGACUUCUGCAGCUCCUGGGACGGCCUUUUCAACUUCAGUCAAGUCCAUGUCAGUAAGAGGUUGGAGGAGGUCAGAGGUCAGACAGAGCGGGGGGAGGAGGUGAAGGGGGGUCUACUCACCCACAUGCUGGUUACCAUGGAGAUGAGCCUGGAGGAGAUCUAUGCCAACGUGACGGAGAUGCUGCUGGCAGGCGUCGACACGACAUCGUUCACCCUGACCUGGGCGGUCUACAUGCUGGCUCUGAACAAGGAGGUGCAGCAGGAGAUCUAUGAGGAGGUGCUGGGGGUCCUGGGGCCGGAGGAGACCCCCACCGCCGACCAGGUUACUCGCCUCCCCCUCGUCCGAGGCCUCGUUAAGGAGACGCUCAGGCUAUUUCCAGUUCUCCCCGGCAACGGGCGGGUUACCCAGGAUGACUUGGUGGUGGGAGGAUACUUCAUACCUAAAGGGACCCAGCUGGCUCUUUGUCACUACUCCACAUCUAUGGAGGAGGAGAACUUCCCGGACGCCGGAGACUUCCGUCCGGCACGCUGGGUCCGAAAGGACAACACGGACCGCGUGGACAACUUUGGCUCCAUCCCGUUCGGCUACGGCCUCCGCAGCUGCAUCGGCCGCAGGGUAGCGGAGCUUGAGAUGCACUUAGCCCUUGCAAGGCUGAUCCAGAGGUUCAACAUCGACGUGUCCCCACUUCUCUCCUCGGAGGUCAAAGCCAAGACCCAUGGUCUGCUGUGUCCUGCGGCGCCCGUACAUAUCCGGUUCAGAGACAGAGACCCCUAGACACGCUGGAGACAGAGAUAGAUACCUAAAGACAGACACCAUAGACCUAGACCACCUAAAGACAUAGACCCCUUUAGACAUGGUGCAACUAGACCCACUACCACCUUACAGACAUAAACCCCUUCUAGGCAGACCAAAUAAACCCCCUUGUGAAGAUGUGAAUGGCAUCUUCACUGUGUUAACAUGUUUUAAAAGAUUCACGUGUUCCUGUCCGGCUGUUAGCCCUGUAAUAGUCUGCAGCUGUGGCUCAUAGGUUAAUUGAGCCACACCCAUUCUUGUGCUCCUUAAGAGGGCCAGAGUUCUAGACUGGAGGGAGGCUUGAGUUGU